AUGUCAUCUAUCACGUUCGAUCGGCUUCUGCUGGAGCCAAAGGAAACGUCACGCUACCUCUUCGACCCUAACAAAUUAACCAUCUUGAGACUUCCUGAUGAUUCCAUUUUUCGGCUGGCGUAUCCUCACCUUGGCCCGAACAUCCUUAUCUCUCUCGAGCCCGACGGCAGUUCAAACUGGGAUCCGCUACUGCUCGAAGGCUCCACUACGGCUCCAUGCAGUGGAAGAAACAUACGAUCUUUCUGCAAUUAUCACGCUAUCAGUUGUAGUAUUCUUCUAGGAUUGGCAGCUGUGAAUAUGGACGUAGCAAGUGCACCCACCGUUUGUGGGACAAUGCCUGAACAUGAAUUUAAAGAAAUAUUUCUUGAAAAACUGAUCAAACAAGGCAGAACUUAUGCCCAAUGUGUCAUGACCCAAUGGAUGUUUGUUGAUCAGACAAGAAUAGAUGUGAAUUGGAGUGCAGACCAAAUAAGAGCAGCAAGAUCCAAACCGGUGAUCCAAGUUGUGGAAUUGACCAAAGAUAUGAUUCUAAAGGCAAAGUCAAUGCAAGCCAGUGAACGUGGACCCAUUCUUUCCUGGUUGGAUAUGGUUGGAACAAUCAUGUGCCAGUACAGCAGGUCGUCUAAGAUUCCCUCUGUCUUGGGUGAUUUUAUCAAAAAGAACUCACCACUCAGCUCAUUGGUGUCAAAGCCUGACUUUGAUACAAAGAGUAUUCAGGACUGGGACGGUUCACUUGCUGGAACAAUUCUUGAAGAAAUGACCAGUAAACACAGCGCCAACUCUACACUUUUUGGCACACAUUUCCCACCUGGGCCCACAAGGCCUUCAAAAGGAAACAUCGGUCGAUCAACAACUCAAUCGGCAACGCCAACUGAUCCGCCAGUAGAUGCUGGCAUGGAAACCGGGGAGACAGUUGUCAAGAAGGGUGUGACUAGAACUCCCACACUGGCUGAAUCAAAAGGUGAAAAGAAAGAGAAAAAGAAAAAGAAAAAGAAGUCAGAGGGAGGAGGACCACCCUCAGCCCCCACGGAUGGAGACCAACGGAGUGAAACCGGAAAUGCAAGAGAGAGUGUGCUGACCCCUUCCACACGACCAGCUUCUCCCUCGUUGCCGGUAGAAUCAACAAAAGACUCCGUAAUGCAAUCACAGAGGGUUGACGAAGGUGAUAUUUCACAGGAGUUCUCACACACACCACAUGGAGGAGGUCGGACGGCUGUCACCCCUUCAAUCACAACAAGAGAACCUGGGAAGAAGAAGAAGGGGAAAAAGAAAAUCAACUACGAUGGAAGCAAGGUCAUAGAACAACGAGAACCAGCAAAUAUCCCCCCAACUACCAUAGCUCCCGCGAUCGGAAUUGUUUCCCUGGCAGAAGAACCGGAUAAUAGUCAAGCUAAUGAAGCACAAGAUUCCGGAAGGAUAUCAAGUCCGCAAGCUGACCAUGCUGUUAGCAAUGAUCAUCACCCGAAUUCCACCGAGUCCACACAGUUGCAAGGGACUAGCACUGCCGGGAAUGGGCCCGUUCACGGUCCAGACGUGCAGCACCCAGGUAAAAGAUCAAAAGCACGUCGGGCAAGAGGGCACAAUAACCCACGGCCACCAGAUGCAUACCAUCAGGAUGAAGGUGGCUCUCACACUCAUGUGGAAACUAGAAAGGCUGAACCGGAUGGCUUACGCACAUCCAUCACUGGUCAUGGCAUGCCAGAUGUAAGUAACAAGGACGUAAUAUUCCCGCAUACAUCGGGGUCAAACGAUGCGGAUGUUGAUCGGACAGUGGUCACCCCGGUACAAGAAAUUGCACGUGGUUCAUCUUUUGCACCAAAUCAAUCAUUCCAUAUUGAGAAACCGCACCUUAGCGAGCCGAAUCAAGCAAACUUUCCAACAUCGGAUACUGAUCGUCUGCGCGCCGACCUUUCUACCGAAGUAAACGCGGAUCCUGAUCUGAUGGGUCAACUGGAGAUAUCAAGACAAGUUCGACAGACUCUAGAUGUGUCAUCUGAGAAAUCCGUAGACGAAUUACCAGACAGACCUAUUUCGCUUGAAGGCUCAUCACCCAUGUUGCCGACUGCCAUUCAAGAUUCAGAAUCAAGCAGCAGUUCUGAACAUUGUGAGCUCCCAGGUCCAUCCAAUAUGAACCACCCAAACAGUUCUGUGACUAUGCAAGUCCUGAAUGACACUGGAAAACACCAGCCACAUUGGCCCUCUUUGGACACUUCACCUGAAACAAGGCAUAAUGACUGGAGUACUGAGAUGCAUAGGGUGGAAAGCCACAACGAGGAUGGGGACCCAAUGGGGCAAGCUCCUGAGCAGGAAGUUCUCACUGUUGAACGAGACGCUCCCAUCCCUGCUGCUCAGUUUGAGGGGCCGCCGCCACCGCUUACCUGGGAUACGGUUUAUGCUAGAAUUGCCAGAGAGCGGGGCUCACCAGACAGCCACACUGUUACAAGAGACGCACAAUCAGAUACUGGCUCUACUGGAUUCACCACAGAAAUAGAUCAGGGUGGUUACAUAAACCACCCACCAUACAGGAGCACAGGGACACAGCCGGAGACGUUCACCUCCGGAGCUGCACGGUUCAAAACACCCCCUUUGGACACAGCCGGAGAAACGUGCACCUCCAGAGGUGUCUAG